GCCCUUGUUUUCCAACACUGGACGAACAGAAUCAAAAAAAAAGGGCAAGCAAGCGUUGAGUUUCUGAAUCGUCGUCUUGAAUCAAUAUAAAUCCUUAGCCGUUAGUCUACGAUCUGAUCGGAAUUGGCAAAAAGAAAACAACUGCGUCAAAAGUCUCGGAAUACAUUGGACUUCAACUAACUUCAUAAAAAACCAUCAUGUCGCAUACUAUCCUUCUGGUUCAGCCGGGUGCUCGUGCGGAGACCCGCACUUACUGCGACUACGAGAGCGUGAACGAGUGCAUGGAGGGCGUCUGCAAGAUCUACGAGGAGCACCUGAAGCGCCGCAACCCGAACACCCCGACCAUCACGUACGACAUCAGCCAGCUGUUCGACUUCAUCGACACGUUGAUGGACAUCAGCUGCAUGGUGUACCAGAAGAGCACCAACACUUACGCCCCUUACAAUAAGGACUGGAUCAAGGAGAAGAUCUAUGUGCUGCUACGCCAGGCGGCCUUCAGUCCCAAUGCCUAAGAAUACCAAAUAACCAGUUGAUAAACUAGGGAGAUGCAUAAACUAACGAGGACGACAGGAGACCCAAGAAACUCAACGGUGGCAGCAUAGAUGUGGAAACUCUGCUGCUAACGACAUCCACAUUACACCAACUACGGACAGCAGAAAACAAUGCAAACACAAAGAGAAUGAGAAACUGUUUAACUUAGAAAUGGAAAACUUACUUUAAACGUACUAAUAUAAUGUAUAUACACCCAACUGA